AUUCUGCUGGCGCCUUUCGAAGUGCCUCAUUAACACAUUAAGGGAACCGUAAUGGGUGAUCGGCUCUGUGGCUGAUUGGAAUAUAAGGAGUGACGAGUGAACAACCAGCUAUAAACUGCUCGACCUUGGGCAACGGGAGCUUGAAGUGAGGGCUGUUUCACACGCAGCACAGAGCGGCUGAUUAUUUGGAAAGUGCCUGAGUAACCCAGCGGGAAAACAUGCGGUCCGUGCUACUGGCGGCGUUGGGCCUGCUGGUGGUGUUCACCAUGUCUGGGGUUUGCACACAGAACCUGAUUCGGCUCUGCGGCAACGAUUUUCACCGAGCCCUCAUCCACCACUGCGGGGCUUCUCGCUGGAGGAGAGGGUUCGGAUCCGCGGCAGUGCUCAGAGCUUUGCUCGGAGAGGAUACGAAGUCUUCGUUUAUGGCUAAUUCGGAUUCCUCGGAGAAAUUGACAUUGUCCGACGAAGAGAAUUUGAGCAACAAGCCAAGUCUACUGGAAGCGACAUUGGAGGCUCUCCAAAGUCCAUCCCGAAUCAGACGCAAUGAGCUGAACAAAAUCGCCGAUAUUUGCUGUAAAAUAGGCUGCAACAAACAACAUCUGAAUACCAUCUGCUAAAGCGCAGGAGACUGCCUGAUGAAUAUAGCUGUCACAACUUGUUAUUUACUGCAGCUUCGGCAAUUACUUAAACUUUAAAAAAAACGCGAAAUUUGGGAGGUGAAAAUAUAUUGUAAAAUGUCGGCUUUAACUGAAUAAAAAAACCAGUAAAAUUAAUUUAA